GUGUGGACAAUCAGUGCUUACAAGAAUUUCCAAUAUCAGAACUUCUGAGGGAUAAAUUUCUCUAGAGGGCAUGGGCAACAGUACUAGGAGGCAGCGUCUCAGCGGAACUCUCCUGCUAUUGCAGUUUAGUUAGUGUGUACAUUCAUUUUAGAGCUGAGACUUCACUGAUAUCCAACCCUCUGCUUAGUAUCCCAGAAACCCAGAAAAAAUGGAGAACUUGAUGGUAUCCAUGAUUUCUAAACCCCCUGUGCCGAUCAUGAACACACAAGACACUCUAUCAAAAUUCUCACCAAAAAAUACAUCUUCAAUUUCCUCCUCCGUAAAACCCCACCCAAGAAUCACAGAUUCACAUUUGAAUUACCUCUGCAAAAACGGUCGCUUGAGUGAGGCCGUAACGGCUCUUGAAUCCAUAGCUCAACAUGGGUCGAAGGUAAGACCCAAAACCUUCAUCAAUUUACUCCAGUCCUGCAUUGAUUCAAAUUCUGUUACUCUGGGCCGCCAGGUUCAUGCCCAUAUUAAUUUGGUGGAAGAAAUAACCCCAUUUCUCGAGACCAAGUUAGUUAGUAUGUAUGCUAAAUGUGGCUCCUUAAGGGAUGCACGUAAACUAUUUGAUGAAACGCGGGAGAAAAACUUGUAUACAUGGUCGGCGAUCAUCGGUGCGUACUGCAGAGAGCACAGGUGGAAGGAGGUUGUGGGGUUCUUUUAUAUGAUGAUGGAAUGCAAUUGUGUACCUGACGGAUUUUUGUUGCCUAAGAUAUUGCAGGCAUGUGGGAAUUGUAGGGAUAUUGAGACGGGGGAAUUGGUAUAUUCUUUGGCGGUCAAAUGUGGAGUGGAUAGUUUCCCAUUUGUUAAUAAUUCGAUUUUGGCUGUGUAUUCAAAGUGUGGGAAGUUGAGUUUGGCAAGGAGGUGUUUUGAGAGCAUGGAAAAAAGAGAUAGAGUGGCUUGGAAUACUGUGAUAUCUGGGUAUUGCCAAAUUGGUGAGAUUGAGGAAGCUCAAAGGUUGUUUGAUGCAAUGUAUGAAGAAGGGAUCAAGCCAUGUUUAGUAACUUGGAAUACACUGAUAGCUGGUUAUAAUCAGAUAGGUUUUUGUGACGUUGCAAUGGAAUUGAUGAAGAAAAUGGAGAGUUUUGGGAUAAAUCCUGAUGUUGUCACCUGGACAUCAAUGAUCUCAGGUUUUGCUCAAAACAAUAGGAAAAAUAAGGCACUGGAUUUGUUGAAUAAGAUGAUUUUUGCUGGGGUUGAACCCAAUGGAGUUACCAUUUCCAGUGCAGUUUCAGCCUGUGCAUCUUUACAAGUAUUAAAUCAAGGGUUAGAAAUUCAUGCACUUGCUGUUAAGAUGGGUUUUGCUGAUGAUGUGCUAGUUGGAAAUUCACUCAUCGAAAUGUAUUCGAAGUGUGGGGAAUGGGAAGCUGCUUGGAAGGUCUUUGAUGCAAUAUCAGAGCAGGAUAUUUAUAGUUGGAACUCAAUGAUUGGAGGAUAUUGUCAAGCUGGGUAUUGUGGUAAAGCCAAUGUGCUCUUUAUGAAAAUGCAAAAAUCUGAAAUACAACCUAACGUCAUCACGUGGAAUAAUAUGAUAUCUGGAUAUAUACAAAAUGGAGAUGAGGAUCGAGCCAUGGAUCUUUUUCAGAGGAUGGAAAAAGAUGGGAAGAUAAAGCGCGAUACUGCAUCGUGGAACUCUCUUAUUUCUGGUUAUUUGAAAAUUGGACAAAAGGACAAGGCAUUGAGCAUAUUUCGACAAAUGCAGUCUUGUAGCAUUAGUCCCAAUUCUGUCACCAUUUUAAGUGUCUUACCAGCUUGUGCAAGUUUAGUUACUCUAAAAAAGGUAAAAGAGAUCCAUGGUUGUGUAUUGCGCAGAAAUCUAGAAUCUGUACUCUCUAUUUCAAAUUCACUGAUUGACACUUAUGCCAAAUCAGGGAACAUAGGAUAUUCAAGAACCGUAUUUGGUGGAAUGUUAUCCAAAGAUUUCAUUACCUGGAACUCACUGAUUGGCGGUUAUGUUUUAUUUGGUUGUUCAGAUGCUGCCCUUGAUCUUGUUGAUCAGAUGAUAAUGCUGGGACUGAAGCCGAACAGAAGUACUUUUGUGAGUAUUAUCCUUGCACACAGUCUUGCUGGAAUGGUGGAUGAGGGGGAGCGAGCUUUCUCUAGCAUGAUUAAAGAUCAUCAAAUUAUACCAUCUUUAGAACAUUAUUUAGCUAUGAUACAUUUGUAUGGUCGUUCUGGUAAGCUCAAAGAGGCAAUGGAAUUUAUUGAGAACAUGCCAAUCAAGCCUGACUUCUCUAUUUGGCUUGCCUUACUAAAUGCUUGUUUCAUUCAUGGCAAUUUUGGCUUGGCAAUCCAUGCAGGGGAGAGUUUACUUGAUUUGGAACCAGUGAAUUCUAUGAUCCAGCAGUUAGUUUUGCAGGCAUACACUUUAUGUGGAAAACCUGGAGAUGCUUCAAAAGUGAAAAGAUUUGAGAAAGAUAACAAAGUACCAAAACUUAUUGGACAUAGCUGGAUUGAAGUAAAAAAUGUCGUGCAUUCUUUUGUUGCAGGUGAUGGGUCUAAAUCAUACUCAGACCACCUAUUUUCUUGGGUUGAAAGCAUAUCAAAAGAAGUGAAGGCAUUUGAUCUACAUUGCGGGGUUUGCAUCGAGGAAGAAGAGAGAGAAGAAAUUAUUGGCGUGCAUAGUGAAAAACUUGCAUUAGCUCUUGCCUUUGUUUGUGCACCUUCUGUUCCUCCAAGUAUAAGAAUUGUGAGAAACCUGAGAAUGUGUGGAGACUGCCAUAGGAUGGCUAAAUAUAUCUCUAUGAAAUAUGGUUGUGAGAUAUAUUUGAGUGACUCAAAGUGCUUCCACCAUUUUAAAUCUGGGCAUUGUUCCUGUGGCGAUUAUUGGUAGGCUGAAAAAUGAUGACUAAUCUGUGAAUUGGGUGCAAGAUCAGUUCCAGUGACAACAGAGUGGCUCUCUUAGGGGAUAUGGAUAUUGUGCAAGCUGCCAUGGAUCUUGCUCUGGAUAUUCUUGCAUUUUGUACUGAAUCAACUUGUUUGGAACUUCAAUUAAAGCCUUUGAAGAAACUAGAAGCCCUAAGCAGGUCUGCUGGCCAGAGUGGCUGACAAAGAGAGUUUCUUUUUUCAUGCCCAAGUCCAUUGUGUAGACAGCCAGACUCGAAAUAGUUGGCAACCAGAUCAAGAAUUUUCGGAGUGCCUACUGUUUAUGGUCAUCAAACACAUUACUUUAAACAACACAGAAAUCUGUGCCUUUGGGAACACUGGCAAGGAACAUUAUCGUUCUCAAGCGGGCUCCAUGCAGUGGACUGCAUGAUGAGGCAAACCUUCAAUCAUGGAGACGUAAAACAUAGGCAAAAAAUAUUCUAGUUCCCAGUUUGUAUGAAAGUUUUUUUCACAAGCUUUUUAUAUGUUGGUUUACCGUGAAUUUUUAGGAGUAAUAUAUUCUGAUGAAAAAAAAUGUUUGAAGAGCUAGAAUUUUCUAUGUAUUUAUGCAUUCAGCAAUUUAUAUGUCAAUCAGAUGCAACCUGUAGCUGA